CGGAAGUUGAAGACUUGAAGUGCGAGACUAUGGAAGUAUUAUGCAGAACAUAAUAUCAAAACUUUAAACCGCCAUUAAACCCUAGGAUUCGGGAAGAACUCCUUGACAAGCUGAAAUGGAGGAUGAUGAUUCUAUGAUUCCCUCGGAAGGCAACAAUAAAGAAGCCAUGGAAGUGGAAGUUGCUCCGGCUCUCAUCUCCGUUCAUCCUGCUCAGGACUCCGUUGCUGUAGCCGUUGGCUGUGAGCUCCGUGUAUUCAAUCUCAGAGAAGGUUGCUCGAUAACGUUAGGGGCUGAGUCAGGUGAAGCUUGUGAUCAUAAGGAAUCUAUCAGAGCAAUUCGCUAUGGUGCAAAGGGUAAAGUCUUCGUGUCUGCUGGGGAUGACAAAGUAGUUAAGAUUUGGGCCACAGAUUCAUGGCGCUGUCUGUAUUCUGUGCCAACAGAGAAGAAAGUGAGUGCAGUUGCCAUUAGUGACAAUGGACAAUUCGUUUGUUAUGCUGAUAAAUUUGGAGUUGUUUGGGUUGUUGAGUUGGAUGAACUUCAUGAAAAUCAAACACCAGUCCAGAAGAAGGGGUCACCACUUCUUGCCCACUAUUGUAGCAUCAUCACUAGUCUAGAGUUUUCACCAGAUGGGAAGUUCAUUGUUACUGCUGACCGCGAUUUCAAAAUUCGUGUCACCAUGCUCCCGAAGAAACCUAUAGAUGGAGCUCAUGAGAUACAAAGUUACUGCCUUGGCCAUACAGAAUUUGUCUCCUGUCUAGCCUUUGUCUACAAUCAAGAAUUUCCACAGGGGUAUUUAGUCUCUGGAAGUGGCGAUUCAACAGUUCGCUUAUGGGAUUUUACAUCUGGAUUGCUUCUUCAUACAUGUGAAGUUGGAUCAGAGGUGGGACAUCAACAGACAAAUGGAACAGAAAACAAUCAUUUUGCAGUUACAGAUCUUUGUGCAACACCUGAUGGAUCAUCAAUAUUUGUAGCUGUUCAAGGGUUGCCAGGAAUAUCGGUGUUGAGUUGCAACCUUUCUGCUAAAACUCUUUCUGUUUUAAGGGUGGUGUCUAUAAGUGGAGAAGAUUUCAUACCCACAAGCUUAGGGAGUUCAUUAACAUCAGAUUUCUUAUGGAUGGUGAUGGGUGUUUCAAAUUUGCCUGGUUUUGAUUCUUCAUCACUGGCUCGAGUGCGUGUUAUUUCUGGUUUAAACAAAUGCAAUUCAGGAUCUGUUGAAGAAGAUGACAGCAUUAAAAUAUUGGAAGAUAAACAAGUCCCCUGUGGAGAAAAAGUGUUGGAAAAGUUGCAGGGAAGUUUGUGUAUUGAUGAAGAUGUUUUCUCAGCAGCUGCUGAAGCUGUUAAGGCCUCGAUGCGCAAUUUAUUGAUUAAGAAACAGUAUUCGUCUGAAAGACGCGAGUUUAGGAAAAGAGGACGAAAUGACAGAAAGGGGAAGAGAUAGCAAAUUAGUUAUGUUUUUGAUAAUUUAUGUUUGUUUUAAGUCAUUUGCUUUAGAAACUAUCCAGUUUAAAAGUCUGUUUGAAUUAUUUGUGGUUGGAACUUGGCUAAUUGUAC